CAGCAGGUUGACACACAGAGGAAGCAAGAGAGAGGGGGAAAGAAUAAAGGGAAAGAAAGAAAAAGAGAAAGAGCAUUCCUUUCAGCCCUCUGAGAGAACUUCAAGACAGCUUGCUGCAUCCCACAGCACACAGUUACUAUGCUGCCUGGUACCAGGCCCCUGCUACUGUGUAUUCUAUGUCAUGUGACCACCACAUGGGCAUUUGCCCACAUGUCGGACGCUUUGGAGCUGCGAUCUGCAUUCUCUGUGGCACGUACCAGCAGCAUGGAGGGAGGGCCUAAGAUGGUCGUCACCUUUGACAAGGUGUACGUCAACAUCGGAGGCGAUUUUGAUCCGAAUUCCGGAUUAUUCCGAUGCAGGAUCCCGGGCGCAUACUAUUUCUCUUUCACAGUGGGCAAGUUCCCACAUCGAGACCUGUCAGUCAUGCUGAUGAAGAACCGCAAUGAGGUUCAGGCAAUUGUGUAUGAUGAGAACGCAGGAGAAGAGCGGAAAGUGCAGAGCCAGAGUGCCAUGCUGCAGCUCGAUUUCGGAGACACUGUCUGGCUUCGACUCCAUGGAGACCCUCAUUAUGCUAUCUACAGCAACACAGGUCAUUACACCACUUUUAACGGUUACCUCAUCUACCCUGAUAUAUACGGCUACCAAGAGCCCACACGCAAGGAGCAUAACAGUGACAAUCUGCCAACGAAAAUCAGUGAUCACAUACUGUCUGAGCACGAAAAUACAAUCACUAAAGACACAGAUGUGAAAGAAGAGAGAAGAGAUGAAGAGAUGAAAGAGGAGGAUGGGAGAGAUGUAGAGGAAGAUGAUGAUAAGAGGUCUGCAUUCUCAGUUGGCCGCACUCAGAGUAUUGUGGGAGUGGAUCAAGGAUACCCCGAGCACCAACCAAUCACCUUUGAUACAGAAUUUGUAAACAUUGGAAACGAUUUCAACAUGAGCUUUGGUACAUUCAAAUGCAGAGUGCCAGGAGCCUAUUACUUUUCAUUCAAUGCUGGCAAGUUGCCCCAUAAGACCCUGUCAGUGAAGCUGAUGAAAAACCAUUUGGAGGUACAGACCAUGAUCUACGAUGACAGCGACACUGAGAAGGCCUUGCAGAGCCAGAGUCUGAUGCUAUCACUGCAGUAUGGGGACACUGUCUGGCUCUAUAGCCACCAGAGGGAUGGAUUCGGUGCUUACAGUAAUCAUGCCAAGUAUAUCACUUUCACUGGCUUCCUGGUGUACCCUGAGUUGUACCGAAGCCCUCCUAAGCAGCAGAAACACGAUAAGACACUGUAGGCAUGUCUAGGAGACAGUCUAUCUGUGGGCCUUUAGGGAGGCAAAGGGUUUUGUUGGGUGUUCACUGAUCAGUGUUUGCGUGGAAAGAGGGUGAGUUCCCUGCACUUAAUCUUCUACACUCUAGAAACCAGAAGUCUACGCUCUUGGUUUGCUUCUUAAGACUUCAUAUACCAAAAUCUCCCAAGCUCUUGUUUUUUGUCCACUAUUUAUCGUUUGUGGGAAGAAAUUGCUAAACCAAACAAGAAGCACCUGCAACAAUCUGGCAAAUUCUUCAGUUCUUCGAUGCUGAGUUCUCACAAUAGUAUAAUCAGAUGACACAAAAGUGUCACUUUAAAAAUAAAAAUUAUAAAAAGGAUGAGAUCCAACAAGAUUGUACAAUUUGUAACUCCUAUCACCUAUCUCUGCGGAGGCUAGAUGCAUUCAUUAGACAGCUUCAAAUCAAAACUGUGUUUUACACUCUCUCAAAUAAAAUAAAAUUAAAUGAUUUAAUGCAUGCAAUCUCAAAUAGGAGAAAUUUUGUGUUGUCUUUGAAGCUUUUGCACGAAAGAUUCGCAUGAGAGCUCUGUCUUCUGCUUUCUGUCUUCAUUUAUUAUUACAAUCGUAAGAUUAGUGUUCAUGGCACAAAAAAAUUGCACUCCAAUAAAUCUUCUGGUAUUGGAACGGCACUACACAUUUAAAAUGAAGAAUGCUUCUGCAAAUUCAUUAGCCAGAAACUGCUGAAAACAAGCUAAAAGUUGGAACAAUGACUAUGGCUGGGUUUCCCGAUAACAUUGCAACUUAAGCUUUAACAAUCAUCUUAACUAACAUCGCUCAUUAUUUUACGAUGGAGUUUCACAAACCAGACGUAGAUCACUCAUUAUGAAGUAGAACUUGGCUGGGUUUCCCGAAGCACUAAGUAGAACGUUAGCAGCAUUUAAAUAGUACUUAAUAUCUAAGCAUUUCCCAAAAGCAUUGUGAUCUAAGUAGUUCGUAAAAACGUUCGUAAAUUAACGAGAGCUUUGAACCGCUCUUAAGUCCAUUAAGUGCAACGUAAACAUAUCUUUCUGGCAUCUUUCACAGUUUAUCAAAGACAUUUAAUAAAUUGUAUUAUUAUAUUUUGAUAAUUGGAAAGCCAUUGUAAACUAUUUCAGAGGAUAAAAAAGUGUUGGAAAAAUCCCUAUGAAAUCAACAGGCAGUCUCCACAGUCUGCACAUGCAACGUGAUAGGUCUAAAUUUACAAGACACGUAAUACAGUAUAACGUUAUACAGUAUUAGCCUUCUUUGAUAAGCAUAAUUAUAAUGGCAAUAGAAAGACUAUAUAGAAAGAAAGAAAUAUGUGAAGAGAUAUGUGAUUAAUGUGACCACGCAGUUUAAAACUUAAAUAAAUAUGCCUUGAUGAAUAAUUAAAAUAUGGUUAACAGAGGAGAUUAGAUCGAGAGUGUGCAAUGAGAGAUUCCCCCUCUCUCUUCAUCCUCCAAUGGCAGGUUCAAAUCGGCUCACCUAUAGUCUUUUUACAAGGUAGUAACAAAUUGCAUUAUGCUAAUGGAAGUAAGGCUGCAAGUACACAGUACCUUGAACUCUAACCAGAUGAUCUAUUAAUAUUUAGACAGGUCUAUGAGUAGUUCAAUACUGAUGCCUGUCAUUUUCACUUAAGCUCAACUUUAUAACGAGCGAUCUACGUGCUGGUUUGGGAAAUUAAGAUGAUCGUUAAAGCUUAAGUUGCAAUGUUAUCAGGAAACCGAGCCCUUAAGUGCUUCAUUACGGGAGCUGUCCGGUCCAAAGGUGAUCACUUUGGCCAGUAUGUCCAGGUGUUUGUCUUCUCAAAAUGAAAAUAAUGUGGAAACAUGGAAGUUGUUUGUAACCUUGUCGAGGCACAGAAAUGCAUUACCUAACUAUUAAAGAAUUUAAUUAAAGAAAUAAUUAUGGCUUUAGUAAGAUAGAGUUUCAGAUGUGUUGAUGUUCAAUCAUAGAGCUUAAUGACUGUGAAACAAUAAAUGCAUGUCACAUGAAUGUACGCUAUGUGAAUCAUAAGGGGCUCACAUUUAGCCUAAUGUUUUUUGGCUGGAAACUGAACAAAUGCACACAGAACAUGAUUAAAAGGAUGGGCUACAGUACUGAACUACUCAUAGACUUGUCUAAAUAUUAAUAAAUCAUCUGGUUAGUUCAAUGUGUACUUGUAGCCUUACUGCCAUUUAUGCAUCAUGCAAUUUGUUACUGCAUAAUAAAAAGAUUAUAGGCGAGCCGAUUUGAACCUGCCAUUGGAGGAAGAAAGAAGAAGAGGAGGAUGAAUAGAGUGAGAGGGAAUCUCUCAUUGCACACUCUCAUUCUAAUCUCCUCUGUUAACCAUAUUUUAAUUAUUUAUUAAGGCAUAUUUAAUUAAGUUUUAAACUGCGUGGUCACAUUAUUCAUUAUUGUCAGGGAUUGCAGAGAAUGAGAGAAGGCUCAGGACCCAAACGCAGAGUUUUUUUUAUUAAUACAAAAAUAAAGGCAAAUAUAAACAAACUCCCACAAGGGGGAAAAAAACAAACAUAAACAACCCUGUAGGAGAGAACACUCCAUCCAGCACAGAUAAUCAUCAUGGAGCUGGACUGGGACAGAUUAGUGGGGAAUCAGGACCGACCGGACCAAACAGGGGGGAAAAGCAGGACCGACAAACAAGACUGACAUGGGAGAACAAGACCGACUGGAUCACACAAGAUGAACUGGCACUGGACAGCACGCAUGAGGAGACUAAAAUAGGGCGAGAAAUCAAUAGGUUAACAAGACAGGGCAGGUGUGACUAAUAGACUAAUAAUGGGCAAACAAGGAGACGGGGUAUGACGCAAGACAGAGAGACAUGCGGCGAUACAGAUACAAAACCACGUGCUCUCACAAGACAACAAAACACCCGAAUGGCAUGAGUGCACAUCACCAAGACAAUUAGGCAAUAUACACUCAUGCCAACCGACAGAACAGACGAGAGAAUGCGUAUUAACACCAAACAAAGUGAUGCCACGCAUUCCCACACUAAAUAAAACCUGAGCGUACAUCGCAAGGCAAAUGCCACAUGAUGCACACAACAGGCGACAAAACGAGACAGGACACCUGUGCCAGAGUUCGGCCAAACACACCCGACACCUCAGACCGAAGUGACCGAACCUCAGCACAACAUGAAGACAGCUCACGACCUGGGCGCGCAGCGCAAAGCGGGUGCAAUGCGAAUCCGCAGUUGCGAGAGACAGACAUAGAUUAUUGACAGGAGUACACUCACGCCAAUGCACUCACGCCAAUACAAGACAAGACAUGGAACAUGAGUGUCCGGAUCCCAACACCAAAACCAAACCAGAUAGAAGGGUCAGGAUCCAGACACCAUGCUCCGGACAUGAGACACGAGACCAACCUAAGAGCGCACGGUAGAGAAAUACAAACCCGAAGCUGUGCGCUCAAACAAAGACAGACAGAACAUGGAGCAUGAGUGUCCAGAUCCCGUCACAGACCAAAACAGAACCAGACAGGAAAUCAGGAUCCAGACAUCAUGCUCCCAACAUGAAACAAGAUGGACCGAAGAGCGCACGGCGGGAAAUCACAACCGGACCCAUGCGCUCACACAAAGACAGCACACGAAACACAAGACAGACAUGGGACGAUGAUGCCACAGUCCUGCCAAACAAAACCCCAGACUGACAGAGUGACAGGACCUUGACACAUAUGUUUUUUUAAAUAAUCUGUUUAAUAAGAACAUAUCGUCUUGCCAUUACGAUUAUGCUUAUCAAAGAAGGCUAUAACGUUAUACUGUAUUACGUGUCUUGUAAAUUUAGACCAAUCACAUCGCAUGCGCAGACUGCGGAGACUGCCUAUUGAUUUCAUAGCGUUUUUUUUCAACACUUUUUAUCAUCUGAAAUAGAUUACAAUGGCUUUCCGAUGAUCAAAAUAUAUUAAUACAAUUUAUUUAAUGUCCCAUUGUCUUUGAUAAACUGUGAAAGAUGCCAGAAAGAUAUGUUUAAUUUGCACUUAAUGGACUUAAGAGUGGUUCAAAGCUCUCGUUUAUUUAUGCACGUUUUUACGAACUACUUCGAUACUUUUGGGAAACGUGCCUUAGAGAUUAGGUACUAUAAAUGCUGCUAAUGUUCUGCUUAGUGCUUUAGGAAGCCCAACCUAUGUUCAAUCCCAAAUAUAUUUACACAAAUUGAAGCUAAUGAUUUUGAAAAAGAAUUCUGAUGUUUACAUUUUGGAAAGAAAAUCUAUCAGAUUUUUCGAUCAGAUCAGGUUUCACAUAAUUUAUCUGAUUUUAUGCUGUUUUGUCUAUAUGUCCAUUUAGAUUUAUUUAGAUGAAGAAGCAUAUGUAUAAAGUGCACAAUUCCAAAAUGUAAAUACUUCUUUGUUUUCUAUCCAUUUGUACAUGAGUGAACGUUUGCAUUUCUAUUCUGUGCCUGGUCUUACUGUAUGUAUGUGUAUGGGUUUAAUCUACUAAAUAAAAUUUGUAAAAAGUGCUAAAUAAGCUUUUCAAUGUUUGUGCAGUGUGAGCUUGUUAAAUACCGUAAAAGUGGUUUUAGUGUAUACUGGAUUCUUGAUGUGGAAGGAGCCAGACCUCAAAAGCAAACCAAAUAAAAUCUCAAUGUCAACAA